UAUGGUGUAUACUCAAUUCAAAAAGGUUGAAUAUAUGAAUGAAUGAUUAUAAGGAAUGCCCAUGUCCUGUAGUGGAUUCAAUCUGACUCUGGUUGACAUAAAGAGAAAUAGAAAAAGAGACAAAUAUUCCCAUCAGACCAAGGUACACACACACACACAGACACACACACACACAGACACACGCACACACAGACACAUGCACGCACAGACUUCUUUCAGUAGAAGCCCCCCACAUAUACACAGCCUCCAUUCCUGGACACACAGACGUGUGCAUAUUCAACUGUGACUCUUUUACUAUUUUGCAGUUUGUGAAGAAAUAUGGAAACGUUUUUAGCCUAGAUUUCUGAGUCAUGUCUUCAGUUGUUUUAACUGGAUUGCCCUUAAUCAAAGAAGCCCUUGUCCACCAGGGCCAAAACUUUGUGAACCGCCCCAUAACCCCUAUUCGGGAACGUGUCUUUAAGGAAAAUGGAUUGGUCAUGUCCAAUGGCCAGGUGUGGAAGGAGCAAAGAAGGUUUGCCCUGAUGACACUGAGGAACUUUGGUUUAGGAAAGAAGAGGUUAGAGGAACACAUUCAGGAAGAGGCCCGUUACCUCACCCAGGCAGUAGGGGAGGAGGACGGACAGCCUUUCGACCUGACUUCAAAAUCAAGCAUGCAGUUUCCAUUAUUAUUUGCUCCAUCAUGUCUGGGGAGCGCUUUGACUAUAAGGAUGAUCAAUUCCAAGAGCUGCUGAGACUGUUGGAUGAGUUCAUACACCUGCAGAUGUCAAUAUUCCGCCAGAUUGUGAAGAAAUAUGGGAACCUUCUUGGUCUGGAAUUUGGUGGAAUAUCUUCAAUUAUUAUAACUGGGUUGCCCUUACUCAAAGAAGUCCUUGUCCACCAGGGCCAAAACUUUUUGAACCACCCCAUAACACCUUUCACAGGCCGUGUAUUUAAGAACAAAGGAUUGAUCAUGUCCAAUGGCCAGGAAUGGAAGGAGCAAAGAAGGUUUGCCCUGAUGACACUGAGGAACUUUGGUUUAGGAAAGAAGAGCUUAGAGGAACGCAUUCAGGAAGAGGCCCGCUACCUCACCCAGGCAGUAGGAGAGGAGGCUGGACAGCCUUUCGACCCUGACUUCAAAAUCAGGAAUGCAGUUUCCAAUAUUAUCUGCUCCAUCACAUUUGGGGAGCGUUUUGACUACCAGGAUGAUGAGUUCCAGGAGCUGCUGAGGCUGCUGGAUGAAUUCACACGUCUGCAGAUGUCAAUGUUCCGCCAGGUCUAUGAUGUCUUUCCAUGGAUAAUGAAAUUCCUCCCUGGUCCCCACCAAAGGGUCUUUAGUAACUGCAAGAAACUGACAAUGUUUGUUGCCCAUGUGAUUGAAAACCACAAGAGAGAUUGGAAUCCUGCAGAAGCAAGAGAUUUUAUUGAUGCUUACCUCCAGGAAAUAGAGAAGGUGAGGAAUCCAGAGGGCAAUGCUACCUCAAGUUUCAAUGAAGAAAACCUCAUUCACAGCACCCUGGACCUCUUCUUUGCUGGAACAGAGACAACUUCAACAACACUGUGCUGGGGUCUGCUCUACAUGGCCCUGUACCCAGACAUCCAAGAAAAAGUACAGGCUGAGAUUGACAGGGUGCUUGGCCAAUGGCAGCAGCCAAGCUUGGCAGCUCGAGAGUCCAUGCCCUACACCAACGCUGUUGUCCAGGAGGUGCAGAGAAUGGGCAACGUCGUUCCCAUGAAUGUACCCAGAGAGGUGACUGUGGACACCACGCUGGCUGGAUACCACUUGCCCAAGGGAACCAGGAUCCUGACCAACCUGACCGCACUGCACAGGGAUCCUGCGGAGUGGGCCACCCCAGACAAGUUCAAUCCAGAGCACUUUCUGGAGAAUGGACAGUUUAAGAAAAGGGAAGCCUUUCUGCCUUUCUCAGUAGGAAAGCGGGUGUGCCUUGGAGAGCAGUUGGCCAGAUCCGAGUUGUUCAUUUUCUUUACCUCCCUUGUGCAAAAAUUCACCUUCAAGUGUUCACACAAUGAGAAGCUGAGCCUCAAGUUCAGAACGGGCCUGACCAUCUCCCCAGUCCCCUACCGCAUCUGUGCUGUUCCCCGGGAGUGAGGUUGUCCGGGAGGCGGGGGGAGGGAAAGCCGGAAGAAUCCCCAGGUCUCCCCAAGGCCCUGGCGCCUGCUGAGAAGUGAGGGAGCAGAUGACCUGCCUCUGAGGAAGGUCCUAGGCCUUGGACUCAGAGGAAACUGGAUCCAAACCCCAGGUUUCCCAUCCCCAGUGUAGGCCAGACAGAAUCAGUUAUGUUGUGAGUGAUUUAUCUUUUCACCCAGAAGAUGA